GUGGGUCCCGGCGCCCGGCGCCCCGGCGGCGCCCCCCGCGGCGGGCCCCGCGGCGGGCGCCGCGGCGCCCCCUGGGAGAGACGCGCUGAGCGGCCGCGGCGGCCGCGCGCGGGAGGCCCCGGCUCCGCCCGCGGACCGGGCCCUGGCCGUCGCCGAGGCUCUCAGGGAGGCCGAGGCUGCCGAGGCCGGCCUGUGCCAGCAGGCCACCGCGCUGGUGCAGGGCGUGGCUCCGGGCUGCGAAGUGACGGUGGCCAGAAGCGUCGCCGGGCGCAUGGUGUUCGCCGUGGACGGCGCGGUGGACCAGGUCGAGCUUGAGCGCGCGCACCGCGUGGUCAGUACCUCCUCCUACCGCCGUGCCGGCUUCGCGAGGCCAGACACCCAGGACGUCAAGCACUCGAUCUCGAACUACCCCCCGCGGGAGUUCGCCGGCACGCCGCUGUGCGGCCUGGUCAAAGCACUGCUUGCCGCGCUGUUCCCGGGGCGGCCGCGCCUGGUGCUCUCCAGGGCCUACUGCAACGCCAAGCUGUUCGGGGACGUCGGCCUGAUACACCGGGACACGGACAGCGAUGGCCAGCUCACCGCGGUGCUGUACGCGAACCUCGAGUGGGGCCCAGAGCUGUGCGGAGAGACGAUGUUCUACACGCCGGACAGUAUGCCUGCGCUGGCGGUGGCGCCCAUACCUGGGCGUCUGUGCCUGUUCGACGGUCUGGUGCUGCACGCCGGCGUCGCGCCUUCGCGGCUCAUGUUCGGCUAUCGCUUCACGCUGGCACUGAAGUUCCGGCCAGCCAGGACCGCGAGCGAGGGCGACUUCUCCGACAGCGAGGGAGAUGCCAGCGAGGAAGAGGACGGCCGAGCAGGCACGGCUAGCAUGAACAGGCCGAAGAUGCAUUGA